UUAGUUGUGAAGCAAAAUGAAGAUUUUUAUUUGUGCUCUACUGUACUUCAUUUUGAUGAUAUUACUUAAUUAUGAUCAAUCAAUGGGUUCGAAAGAAAAUUUGCGAAUAGGCCCGAAAGGAAGCCGGCAAAAAGUCCCGGAAGAAAGUCGUCGAAUGAGAUUGGAAGACAGUCGGCGAAUAGGCCCAGAAGAAAGCCGGCAAAUAGACAAGGAACAAAGCCGUCGAAUGAGACUGGCAGAAAGCCGGCGAAGAAGCCUGGAAGAAGACCGGCGAAUAGCCGCGGAAUUAAGGCAUUCAACGCUUAAUGAAGAUUGUUACGUGUACUUUAAUGAUCGGCCAUUACGAGUACCUCCUGGUGGAAUGAUUCAUCAAAUCCAAAGAGGAAUUUUUAUUCCUGACGUCGCAUUUUUAGAUCCAAUAAAUCUUAUUGCUGGCGAUGUAAUCCGUCGUAGAGGAGAACUUUUUGCAAAAGUUUUUAUGGAAGGUGAAAGGCAGAUAAUUUAUAGAUAUUAUCAAGGUGCUUUAACUGGUCCAAAUUUGCAUAAUAACUCUUAG